AUUGUUUUUCAAUUGUGAAAGUUGUAAACGCUUGUAUUGCAUCGUAAUCAAACGUUAAAUAUUUUUGGAAAAUUAAAUUGUUAGUUCAAUUUCUUAAUUCUUUUGGAAUACAAGAAUGGCUUCUCUUACCAAACCUAAAUCAGAGAUGACUCCAGAAGAGUUGUCAAAAAGAGAAGAGGAAGAAUUCAACACAGGGCCCUUAUCAGUUCUCACUCAAUCAGUGAAAAAUAAUACUCAAGUAUUAAUUAAUUGUCGAAAUAACAAAAAAUUGCUUGGAAGGGUGAAAGCUUUUGAUCGACACUGUAAUAUGGUUUUAGAAAAUGUAAAAGAAAUGUGGACAGAACUCCCAAGAACUGGAAAAGGAAAGAAAAAAGCAAAACCAGUUAAUAAAGAUCGGUUUAUAUCAAAAAUGUUUCUACGAGGCGAUUCAGUAAUUUUAGUUCUACGAAAUCCAUUGGCUACUGCAUCAGGAAAGUAAUAAUGUUCCUUCAUUUGCUCCAAAUACUAUUCUAUAAAUUUUGUAAAUUAAUACCUCAUUAAGCCAAUAAAUAAGUCAUUUUCAUCUGUA